AUGCUCCUAGGGGCGUCCUGGCUGUGCUCCUCCAAAGCAGCCGCCGCCGCCGCAGAGAAGCGGGCAGCUGAGGAGAGGCGGAGGCGGCGGGCGGCUGCUUCUGGAGCGGUGGGAGGAGGAGGCGGCGGCAACGGCGAGGGACCUCCAGCCGCCGCCGCCGCCGCCGCCGCAGGGGCCAUGGACGAGUCGUCGCUGCUGGACCUGUUGGAGUGCUCCGUGUGCCUGGAGCGCCUGGACACGACGGCCAAAGUGCUCCCGUGCCAGCACACCUUCUGCCGCCGCUGCCUGGAGAGCAUUGUCAGCUCCCGCCACGAGCUGCGCUGCCCGGAGUGCCGCAUCCUGGUGGGCUGCGGCGUGGACGAGCUGCCCGCCAAUAUCUUGCUCGUCCGCCUGCUAGACGGCAUUCGACAGAGACCUCGCGCUGGGGCGGCAGGCGGCUGCUGCGGCGGAGGCCACUGUGCCCCGGGCAGCCCCACCGCGCAGAGCAACGCGGCCAGCACGGGCGGCCACUGUGCGGGCAAUCCCGCAGCAGCAGCAGCAGCAGGAAGCAACUCGGUGACUGUUGCUAACCCUGGAUGUCACCCCGUGGCGGCGGCGGCGGCUGCAUCAACCGGCUGCCCUAGCGUUGCCGCUGCAGCUGCCUCAGCCGCCGCCAGCCUGAGGGAACUAGCCGCGGCCAGCCGGAGCGCCCUGCUUAAGAACCCCUCUCAGCUUCCCUAUGGAAAAGCUCUCUAUGCUUAUGAAGGGAAAGAACCAGGUGACCUCAAGUUUAACAAAGGAGACGUUAUUAUACUGCGGCGGAAAGUAGACGAGAAUUGGUAUCACGGGGAACUGAAUGGAAACCAUGGCUUUUUCCCAGCAAGCUACAUCCAGUGUAUCAAGCCCCUUCCACCAGCUCCGCCUCAGGGUAAAGCACUUUAUGACUUUGAAAUAAAGGACAAGGAUCAAGACAAGGACUGUUUGACCUUCACCAAGGAUGAAAUUUUGACUGUCAUCAGGAGAGUAGAUGAUAAUUGGGCAGAAGGAAUGCUGGGGGAUAAGAUUGGCAUAUUUCCUAUUCUCUAUGUGGAGCUCAACGAAUCAGCUAAACAGCUCAUUGAGAUGGACAAGACCAGUCUAGCUGCUGCAUCUGGCAGUGAUGUCCCUUUGCCAGCUGACACUAACCUGGCAGUAAACCCGGCUCAGUGCUGUACCUUGAACAGUGCCGGAGCAGUCAGUGCCAUUCAGCGGCACAUUGACGGCAAGAAGAAUCCCAAGAAGCGCCACUCCUUCACUGCUCUCAGUAUGACCCACAAAUCCUCUCAGGCCAUGAAUAACAGGCAUUCCAUGGAGAUUAGCGCCCCUGUCCUGAUCAGCUCAAGUGAUCCCCGUGCUGCUGCCAGAAUUGGAGAUGUGACUCAUCUCUCAUCCAGCGCUCCAGUCCAGGAUUCUACUUCAUCCGGUUCUGCAACUAUGGCUGGACCCAGAACAAGUGCAGUCACUGGAGAGCAAGGAACACCAGCAAAGGUCCAGUUGCCCCUAAACAUCUACUUGGCAUUGUAUGCAUACAAGCCCCAGAAGGCCGAUGAACUGGAGCUACGUAAGGGCGAAAUGUAUCGCGUUAUUGAGAAGUGUCAGGAUGGCUGGUUCAAAGGGACAUCUUUGAGAAAUGGCAUGUCUGGAGUCUUUCCAGGCAAUUAUGUAACUCCUGUUUCCAGGGUUCCUGCAGGAGCUGGUCAGCCCAGGAACUUAGCUGGCGGGUCUCCAACAGCGAAAGGCUCUCCAGGAGCUGUUCACCCCGGAGGCCCAGCUCUUACAAACACUGCUACUGUUAUCAGACCAGCCGUUCCAAUCACUACCCCUCCCACUCAACCCCAGCUGCCAACGGCUUCCCCGCAGAUGAGUAACUGCUCGCGGUAUUCCUCUCAGCAAACCAUCAUCCAGCCUCGCAAUUCUGUGCAAAUGGUUGUGCAUCCUUCUGUGCAGGCGCAGGACCGGCCCACAGCUACCGUCUCACCACUAAGACCCCAGAACUCCCCAUCCCGCCUCCCAGCAACUGUGGUCAGGCCACACUCUGUGGUUUCUCCACAACACAUCCACCACUCCCCUGUGCAUGUCAUCCCUGGGGCGCAAUGUGCCAGGCCCAUGAUCCCCCUCACUUCAGCUGCAGCAGCAAUUACUCCUCCCAAUGUCACGGCAGUCAACCUGAAUGGUGAAGCAGGAAGUGGGCCCAUCAGUAGCCUGGCAACUUGCAGCCCAACCAACACAGCCUGCAAAGCAGAAGAGAGGAAAAACGAAAAGAAAGAAAAGAAAAGUGGACUGUUGAAACUUCUCGCAGGAGCAUCAACAAAAAAGAAAUCUCGCUCUCCUCCAUCAAUGUCGCCAACACACGACCCCCUUGCAGUGAUGGAGGGAAUGCUGCAAGGUGCCGUAGGACCUGAACUCUCCUCUCUCUCUAGCCAUGGAAGGGCAGGUUCAUGCCCAAUAGAAAGUGAAAUGCAAGGAGCAAUGGAGAUGGAACCUCUGCACAGAAAGACAGGCUCGUUGGAUUUGAAUUUCCCCAUCCCUUCUCCCAUAAGGCAGUUGCCACCUUCAAUGGCGGCCAUCCGUCCGGAACCUAAGCCAUUGUCUCGAGAAAGGUAUCGUGUUGUGGUCCCAUAUCCCCCCCAAAGUGAAGCUGAGAUUGAACUGAAAGAAGGCGACAUUGUAUUUGUCCACAAGAAAAGGGAGGAUGGUUGGUACAAAGGGACAUUACAGCGGAAUGGUAGGUCGGGCCUCUUCCCAGGAAGUUUUGUGGAAAGCUUCUGAAGACUUUGCUUUCUGGACUUAAGGGACCUUUCAGAGGAAAUUCCAUAGCACA